CUUAAGAUUUGCACGAACCAGGAAGUAGGAGGGGCUAAAAGAUGUAAACAUUGCGCUUUGGUCAAGUAGCAGUCAGAACUUGGAGCGCACUUUUUAUCACUGAAAUGGGCAGCUAAACCGACAGUAGCAGAGUAAAAUGCAAAAUGCGAUGUUUUUGUCAUGUAUUCUUUAUAUGCAUUGCCAUAACGAUCUUUUCACUAGUGUACGUCCUCAGCCAGUUAGCCUCCACAUUGGAGGACAGAGACCGAUGGAGAGAGCAGGGUAAAGCCGUCCACAGAAGCCAUGAUAGCGGACUGCCUCUCAGGAAAACGCGCGGUUCUGGAGGCCAACACGGAGCACUGCAUAGGUGUAAGUCAGUAUCUUACUGGAGUCCAUAUUGGAGAAUGCCUGCAGAUGUGUGUGGAGUGAACUGCUUAAUGGAAACAUCUGAAGGAGAUGGAUUGGCUAAGGAAGCUCCUGAUGAGCGAAGUCACCUGGCUGUGGUGGCCUGUGGUCCCAGGCUUGAGGAAACUCUCACCAUGUUAAAGUCUGCUCUUCUCUUCAGCCAAAAGCCUUUGCAUUUUUAUAUAUUUGCAGAAAGUACAUUGCAAAGCAGCUUCAAAAAUGCUCUGAACUCAUGGCCACAUAUGGUUAUGAAAAAGUUUAACUUCACCAUCUUUCCCAUCACUUUUCCAAACGACAAUGAAAAGGAGUGGAAAAGGCUCUUCAAACCAUGUGCAUCUCAAAGACUCUUCCUCCCACUGAUUCUGCAGGACGUGGACUCUUUGCUCUAUGUAGACACAGAUAUCCUAUUCCUUCAGCCAGUGGAGGAUCUGUGGACUCUGCUAUCUCAUUUUAACUCAAGUCAGUUAGCGGCUAUGGCUCCAGAGCACGAGGAGCCACGGAUCGGCUGGUACAACCGCUUUGCUCGUCACCCUUACUACGGCAGGACUGGCAUCAACUCAGGGGUCAUGUUAAUGAACAUGACACGUAUCAGGGCCAAAUAUUUCAAGAAUGAUAUGACAACUGUUCCUUUAAGAUGGGAAGAAAUGCUCAUGCCUCUCCUUCAAAAGUAUAAACUCAAUAUCACCUGGGGAGAUCAGGACCUUCUUAAUAUCAUAUUUCAUCAUAAUCCAGAAAGCUUGUUUGUGUUCCCAUGUGAGUGGAACUACCGUCCAGACCACUGUAUUUAUGGAAGCAACUGUCACACGGCCGACCAACAAGGUGUCUUCAUUCUCCAUGGAAACAGGGGAGUUUUCCAUGAUGACAAGCAGCCAGCUUUCCGAGUGGUUUAUAACGCCAUCCAAAAGUACCAGUUUGGUGAAGAUUUAGACAAGUCCCUGUUGGAGCCACUUGAAGCUUCUCUAACCUCCACCACACACACGUACUGUGGGCGCAGCAGUCACCUGUUCACCAAGAGGCUGAAACAAAGUAUUCUAUCACUUCAACCGGAGGUCCCCCACAGGAGAUGACAGGAUCAGAUCAGAUAUAUACAGUGUACAAUUAGUGUGUACAGGCCAUUUUGGGGCCCAUUAUAUUAUCUAUUAAACACUCCUGUGGAGGCACUGGCUGACAGUCAGCUCUGAAGAUGUUUACUGGUACUGUUUUUCAGGUUCAGACAGGGUAACCUUUUUUCAAACAUGAAUGUAUCCAACAAACGUACUGUAUUACCACCAUUCAAAUCUUAUAGACAAUCACUUUUGUUGUCAAAAGUGUUGACCCUUUCGUUUUGAAACUGUUUUUAUUUUGUUCUCUAUGAGAUUACAAUUUAAUAUAAUUUCAGAUGUUUAAGGUACAAAAUAUUUUUCAGUUGAGAUUGUCAAUUUCUGAUGAAUUUUAUGACUUUGCAGUAUUUGUUUAUUUACUUUAAAGUACAUUUCCCUUUUUCCCUCUCUGGAAGUUUUAUAUUAGAAGAGGUUAUACAAAUGCUGUUUAUUCUAAUGAUGUCGCUGUAGUUGUACAAUAAGGGGUCUCUUUUGGCUCAUUUGCACUAUGACUUUGGGAGUAUAGACUGUGAUAGUUCAUUUUAUUGGCCUCAUUUGAAGUGAUUUUAUACUUCUUUUGAGCAAACAUAAAGACAUCCAUUUAAAAGAAAAUAAAUGAUUCUAUUUUAAGCUUGAAAAUGAAA